AUGCGUUUCUUCAUCACCGCCUCAGUCCUCGCCGCCGGCGCCCUAGCCCAAUCAGUCGAAGACUACAUCAAGUGCGCCACCGCCGCCAUCGGCAGCAUCGACACAUCAAAAUUCACCUCAUGCAGCAGCAAAACCUCCCAAGAAUGCUUCUGCGCCAACAAAUCCGCCCUCGAAACCCUAAAAAACUCCUCCGACCCCGCCUGCGCCGGCCUCAACCUAAGCACUCUAACAUCCAGUCUCUGCGACAGCCCACACAAUGCCACAACCACAGCCACACCCGCCCGACACGCAAGCAAACCCAUGGAACCCGCCAACAAACGGGCGUUCGCACCUGUGCCCAUCGUCCCGCGCGUCGUCUACGUGACCGAGACUCGCACAGACUGUACCUGUAAGAGCACGCCGGUUCCCGAGAAAUCGCUACAUAUCUCCCAGAUCCCGGUUCAUAUCCCGGCAUCCAGUAGUGUGGCUUCUGUGGCGGCGUCGUCGACGCCGGCUGGUUGGAAGCAUGGUUUGAUGGGUGGUGCGGCUUCGUCGUCUGUGUUGUUUGGGCCGCAGGCUUCUGAGGCUAUGCCUUCGGCUGGGCCUUCAGGCGUUGAUCCCACUCGUUUCAAGGGGGCGGCCGCUGCGGGGGCUUCCGUGCAUGGGGGUGUUGCGGCGCUUGGGUUUGCGGCUGUUAUGGCUGUCAUGGCUGCUUUGUAA